AGAGAGAGAAAACUCUAGGAAAUGAAAAAGAAGACAGAGGAGAAUCUCAAACGGUGAUAAUUUUUUCAACCUCAUCUACACCUCAAUUUUGAGACACUCUGUAAUAUUUGGGAAUUAACAGGAAACAAGAUAGAAGUUAGAAACUACCGAAGAAUAUUAAUUAAAAAUAUUCUUUGUCCAUGGAAUCCAGCUAAAAGUCUAGUUACUAAAAUAUCUCACAAACCAACUGCUUUCAAAAAGACCUCCACCACUAGCACAAGAUGGUGCCAUUGGCAUAUUAUGAUCAACAGUUUGUGCCAUUAGAACACUCUUACCAGCCAGCCACAACCAAUUCAUUGACACAUCAAAACACAGGUCAAAAACUAAAUCAACCCAGUAACCAGCCUGUAGUCAGAGUGCAAUCCCACAGUAAGUACCUUGCAGCAACUCCAGUUAACUCUAAGAGGAUGGUACAGAGCUGCUCAGUAUUGCUCUCUGCCAAGUCUCAGGACACAAUUUCACACGGCUUCUAUAACAAGUCUCCAAAAGCACCAUUAUCCCAAUCCAAAUAUCAAGGCACACCUUCUCUAGGCCAGAAAACUUUACUGCAGCCUAAUCUGAGAGUCCUGAGCUCACCUUUGAUCCACCCUAAAUCCUUGACAACAUCUUCACUUGACCUUAAUAAGACAUCUCUGUCACUGGAGUCCAGUCAAACAGACUUAAGCUCACGAUUGCCCCUCCCCAAACCUCAGACCAUAUGUUCCCGAGAUGUUUGCUGGACAUCACUUACACAGAAGUCUAAUCAAAGAGUCUCAAGUUCAUCAUUAUUUCCCCCCAGACAUCAAGAAACACCUUCCCUAGACAUCCUUUGGAAAUCAUCUACUUUGGGACCUAAUCAAAGAGUGCUUAGCACAGCAUUACCACAGUCCAAGCCUCAGAAAACAUCUUCAUUGGAUGGCCUUUGGACAUCUUUAUUAGAGCACAAUCAAAGAUCUUUGAGCUCACCAUCACUCAACUCUACAUCUCAAAAACAUGACUUGCUUCAGUCAUCAUGCUCAUUGGAGUCUAGUCAAAAUAGCUCUGAGCUGUUACCUGACUCCAGACCUCAGACAACAGCUGUUUUGAGCUCUAAUUCCAAUGUUCUGAGCUUACCAUUGUCCCAGUCAAAACCAAGGAAAUCACCGUUAGCACAUUCUGUCCACCAGAUUAAGAGUUUGCCAUUGUUCCCACCUAAAUCUCAGACGGUGCUUACACUUAAUCAUGACUUCAGGACCCUGAGCUCACCAGUUUGUCACUCCAAUUUUCAGAACGCCUCUUCACCAAAUGACAAACACAGAGCCACACAUUUAUAUUCACUCCAGUCUAAACGAAAUGUCUCAGGUCAAUCAUUAUCAAGCUCUAAACACUUUAUCAGGAACAUAGCUGUUUCAACACUGGGCUCCAGAUUCCAGAGUAAAGGCAGCUUUGAUCUUUUUGCAAAGACAGCAUCAAAUAAAGAAAUUUCAUGGAGUUUAGAUUAUAUUCAUCCCUGCAUCGUUAAAGGUGGAACUGUCCCUAAUGAUGUUGUAAAUAAAAUUGUCAACUCUCUCUCCAAGACCAGAAUCCAGAGGGAUCUCUGUAGGCAGAUUCUCUUUCGAAGGAUGAGGGGAAGGCCAAAUCCUCAUCCUGGUCCCCGCCUUUCAUCAAAUUAUAUGGUAUGUUUAGCUUGCGCUUCCUGCAUAAAAUCUCAGUGUAACCAUCUUACAGGAAGGAAAGAUCCUCGUGGCGCAACGCUAUUUGUCAUACCAACACCUGAGCUCAGUUCUGAGGGGGAGGUAGAAGUGAAAUUAGUUUUGCUCCUUUCUGUACCAGAGACUUCUCUCUCAUCUGGUCUCCGAUCCUCUGUGAAAAAAAAUCAGCCUGAUGAAGUCCCUGAAGACAACCCUGAAGGAAUGGAGAAGAUGGAAAUUCUCCCUACAUCUAAACCUGAUAUCACCCAGAAGCUAAAUAGCAAAAACAAAUGGCUGACAGUAGCCGCUGAAGACAAAGUUGUAAGCCAACAACCCCAGGCUAUUGACUGGCUACUUUAUGUUAAAAAAAGUAAUAAUUUUGAGCCACAGUCCCUGCCUACAUCCUCUUCAUCCUCUUCCUCUUCAUCAUCUUCCUCCUCAUCUUCCUCUUCAACUCUGCCCUCUUUACCCCCUCCUUCCAAAGAGUCUACCACAUCUACUCUCUCAGGUUGUGUGUUCACUAAGGUACUUAGUUACCACCGGUUGCCUCCAGGGGUCUCCUGGCUUGAGUUUAUAUGUAGUAAAAAUCAUCAGCCACUUACUGGGAAACCAAAACAAAACCAAUCACCAUCUCCCAAAACAAGGCCUAUGAGGAAUAGCACCACAGUAAAAAGGUCAAAGGGACCAAAGAUACUAUUCAAAUUUUUCCAGACAAAGUCUCAAAAAUGAGAGAAAUAUUGAUUAAAUUAACUUUUGUUUCUUUGAAAGCAAUUGACCUCUUAGUUCUUUGAAACUCGAGAUUGAUUUCCUAUCAUGCUUAUUAAAAUUCUUAGUAAUAA